AUGAAAGCAGCUUUCACAACAGGAUACGGUGGUCCUGAGAAGAUCGAGUACGCUGAGGAUCUGCCAAAACCCCAGCUUGCCGACGAAGACCACGUCAUGAUCAAAGUAGCAGCUGCCUCGCUGAAUCCCAUUGACGGUGUUCGAAACAGGGGCUAUCUGCGGUUCUUAGUGUCCGACAAGCACCCUCAUAUCUUCGGGUACGACGUGGCAGGCGUUGUUGAGGAUGCGGGCCCUAAGGCAGACGGGUUCAGCGUGGGUGACAGAGUCUACAGUCGGAUCCCACUUGGCCCUCAAGGUACUGUGGCGGAAUAUGUGAGUGUCAAGGGAGAGUUUGUAUCACUUGCACCUUCAAACGUGUCUCUUUCCGACGCCAGCAGUUUCCCUCUGGUGGGUUUGGCUGUGGUACAGGCUUUUCGAGCUGGCAACCUGAAGAAUGGCCAGACCAUCUUCAUCUCAAAAGGUGCUGGUGGAGUCGGCACUUUUGCGAUCCAGCUGGCCAAACAUGUGUAUGGCUGCCACGUCAUCACAACAGCCACCGAGGACAAGGCGCAGCUACUGCGGGACCUGGGCGCAGACGUUGUGAUUGACUACACAAAGGUGAAUUUUCGCCAGGUGGUCAAGAACGUGGACUUCAGCUUCGACGUGUCCAACGAGCCUUAUGCCCACGCCGCCAUCACGAAGCGAGGGGGCUACGUGGUUGCUCUGAGAGGUAUUCCGUCUCCUGAAGCUAUUCACGACACGUUCAACUAUGAGGUUCCGUUUGUGCUCGCCAAGGCGCUCAAGGUAGUGAAUGUUACUGCAUACGCCAUUCGACGGCUAUAUGGAGUGCAAUAUCAUGCUUUCUCGGGUCGACCUUCCGGAGCCGAUCUGGCUGAAAUCAAGGAGUACAUCGAGAAAGGCCAGAUCAAGCCCGUUAUUGAUACCAUGUUUGAUAUUCGCAAUGCCCGACAGGCCAUGGAGAAGGUGGAGGGUGGUCAUUCCACCGGCAAAGUCGUUGUGAGGGUUGAUACUAGUGUUGACAUGUAG